AUGGCAACCAAACGACCUGAACAUGUUCAGCGACAUGGGGUUUCAGAGGGCUCCCCUUCGUCAGUCUCCGCAAGCCCCGAACAUAGACCGAGUAGCAUGCGACACGACUUUGCGCCCAUGAAAUCCGACUUCGAAUUAUGCCAGAAAAACUUCAAGGAUGCUUGUUGUAGCAGGCAGUUUGAAGAAGCGGCUGUCCACCACAAGAAACUUGUCGAUCUCCGCAGGGAUCUCUCCUCCCUCCGCCCAUUCCCUCUUGCCGCACAAAUUGACGCAAACUUGAGGCAAGCAACCAUUUUGCUGAUGUGCAAGGAUUUCGAUGGCAUCGAUCGGUCCUUAUUUCCUGAUAUCGAACAUUUGUCUCGGCAACGGGACCGCCACCAUGGGUCGGAUGCUAUGGCUUGGGGCGUGCUAUGUGCAAAAGUUGGGUUUUUGUACAUGAGGUCACUUGACAAGGCAGAUUUGAAGACCGCUACGACGUUUUUUGACCAAUCUCUCAAAAGUCUUCUUGGGAUAAAACCUGUUCCUACUGAGCACAUACUUCCGAUUGCGCAAUGUUUGGCUGACCUGUACGAUUUUAUGGCAGGAGACGCUCUAGGUGCCGAAGAAUUGGUGAAGUGGCUGGGAGAAGAAAUUGGGCACGAUGAGACUAAGGAUAUUGUCGUCGGUCGUGUCUCGAGAGCUAUAAAUUGGAUCAAGACGACUGGGUCCGGCUUCGAUGGGCAGCGAUUUGAUAUAUCAGCAAUGGAGUAUGCUCUCAAGCAAAACGAAUCAGUACAUCUGGAAACGAUGUUGAUCUGGACCCAACGAACUCGCCCUUCGAGCACAAUUUCUUCUAAACUCCUUCUUACUGCGGCAGACGCUCGGAGCAUGGCAAUGUGUCAGCUCUUGUUUAGAUAUCAAGCAAAUGUUGACGCCGUUGACGUUGCUGGAAGGACAGUAUUACAUCGCUGCGUGUCCCAAGGUCCAGCCAAAGACCAGGGUUCCAGGAAGGACGUAUUGAGGAUGACCAAUCUCUUCUUGAACAAAGAUGCCACCCUUCUGAAUAAGCAAGACUUUUCAGGGAAAACCGCUCUAUACGCGGCCUGUGAGGUUGGCUAUGCCGACAUGGUCUCGUUUCUGGUUGGCGUUGAUGCCAACGCCAACCUGGCUGAGAACAAUGCCCAGUCCCCUCUGUACAUGGCAUGCGAGCAUGGUCUUAGACAUAUCGUGAAAUCCCUGGUCGAAAAAGCUAGAGAUCUCGACAUCAACGCUAAGGGUCCUGGUGGACAAACACCUCUGACAGCUGCCGUCCAGUACGCCGCAGCGCAUGCCGAGGGACGACUCGUCGUUGAAAUGCUGAUCAAGAAAGGCGCUGAUCCCUCGAUCGAAGACAACACGGGGAAAACUGCCCUCAAUUAUGUCGGCGGUAUUUGGGCCUCUGAUUUGAAGACCGCGCUGAAGAAUGCCAAACACAGAGCGACUGCGUCUUCGUCUAAACCUCCAGAUCACAUUAGUACCUCUUCCCCGAGUACCAGCCAUCCAGGCAGUACACAAAGAUCGAGCCGACCUCCAAGUACACGAUCGUCAGUAUUCGCCAAGAUAAUUCAACCUCGCAUUCGAAGUAGCGCCUCAAGCUUCUUUAGUCCCAGUAGGACUUCCCUAGACACAGCUUCGAUUGCCCCCGGCUCUGUCUUCUCGAAUGACAUGUCUUCCCGUCGAACAAGUAUUACUGUACCGAGCAUUUACGAGUCAGAAAACGAUGCACAGUUGGCGAGCAUUGAAGCCGACACAACGGGCCAGGCAAUUGCACAGAAAGGGAUAUUUGUACCAGUAAACUCAACGAGCAGCAGGAAUGCUUCCAACGAUGACGAGCCCAGAAUUUCCAAGGAAGCAAUAUCGCUAUCGGAAUCAACUCUGUCUGCGCCGAGAGUGUCUGGGUUUGGCAGUGACUUGAAAGGGAUGCCCAUUGUUUCGAGCCCACCAGCUUCUAACGGCCUUUCAGCGGCUAUUCGUGGUAACGGAUCCCAGUCUACCAGUGGCUACCACCAUGUCCGAAGCUCGGUAGAGUCAAAUCGAUCUAGUACUGAUUCCACAUGGGAUACUCCAUCGGACAGUGAAGAGGCCAGCCAUGACGGCGACCGAAGCCCGCUCGAAGUUCGAACCCACAACUUGCCUAUUCGUUCUCACCCGGAGGGGAUUAGGGAUCGCCCAGCAGGUCACCAGGGCCAACGUGACGGUUCAUUUGACGGCGCUUCCUCGAUACCAACACCACCAUCGGACCAUCCUUCAGGAGCUGGUUCACAAAAGGCAAAUGCUAGACAGGGCAGCAGCAGUGGGUCUCAAGGAGCCCGAGUCAGUGACGCCACACAAGUUCCUGGGUCUGAGCAGAAGCGCCAAGUUCUUCUGGCGUGUCCUUUCGCAAAGAAAGACCCAAUCACUUACGAGCAUUGUCACAAGUACGAGCUCAAGGAAAUCAAGCACGUAAAACAGCACCUGAAACGUUGUCAUCUAAUUUCUUACUGUGCUCGUUGUAGAGUCAGUUUCCCGAACCAGCUUGCUCUAGAAAGACACCACCGUGACGACGAUGCAUGCGCAAGAAGCGACCGUCCCGUCCCGGAAGGCAUGACACUUGAACAGCACGAGAUACUGAAACCGCGUACGAACCACAAACUCUCGCUGGAAGAGCAAUGGUAUUUCAUAUGGGACGUUCUCUUUCCAGGACGAGAACGUCCUGCUACGCCAUAUAAAGACGAAUUUGUCAAUCUCACGGAGUUCCACAGAAUCUAUCGGGACUUCCGGGAUAACCAAAUCCCGACAUUGGCUGGCAACGUCCUGCGCGAGAUGGGGAUGGCUACGGCCAUCACACAGGACCAAGCUGUUGCCCUGAUGCGCAGGAGUUUGAUGGGAUUUGCCGGCAUGCUUCAAGGCUCGGGCUUGAUCACGCAACAUGAUACUUCUUCCGAUCAUGGAAACCAAUCACGGUCUACUAGCGUUACUGAUGGAGCUGAGCAUAGCCCUGCACCACGACUGAACAGUCUGGACAGCAUGCAGGGUCAGCUGACGCCUGAUUCGAGUGGCCACCCAGCCCACCAGAGCAGCCCCCAAAGCACUAGAUUUUCUGACGACUGUUACGAUCCACUCCAACGAAUUGAAGAAGUAUCAACCACGUCGUCGGAUAUGCGACAGGACUCUGUGGGAGUUUCUCAGGAAUCAGCUCACAUGCUCAACCCAGCAUACCCGGGCUCGUCUCAGCCUUCUCUGCCAUCGCAACAGGGAGUGCCAUUCCAAGCACCAGAAUGGAACAACGGCUCCUACAACAUACCGUCCACGGGCGCGACUUAUGGACCGUUGAGUGGCAUGACGGCCUGGGGGGAGGAUGCAGCUGUAGGCUCUUCUGCGACCAACCCACUCUAUUCGGCUGACGAGCUAUUCAACAUGGGGCCCGCUUCAAUGGAGCAUAUCAUAAACUUCGACGUGGAUAUGGAUCUGGAUAUGGGUAAUGCGCCUGCUAUGGCUCAGACGUCCACCAGCCCGGACUAUUUCCCCAUGCAGCAACACUUCCAGGGGCAGCAAAUGGCUAGUGGUCCCUACAUGAGCAGUGGGCACUUAUCCAGUCAAUACCCGCAUGUUCCACAAAAUGGCCCUGGACAAACCAUGUUUUCUCCAACAUCCCAGCAGCCUGGAAAUGGGCAGCAGCACACCUGGAACAUGCGAUAA